AUGUCCAUCAUACCUGCAGAAGGCUCUUCAGAAUGGCUCGAGUCACUGAUCAUUCAGAAGUGCGGAGUUCCCUCGGUUCGCGAUUUUCAGCUAUGCCAUGGCAUGGACCUCAUCCGCGGCAAGGAUCUGUUCCUCGUCAUCAUGCCGGGCCAGGGGAAGACGACGGUUAUGCAUGCUCCGCUACUGGCUGCACAAGCCCAGAUGAAGAUAGGAAUAGCUCUCAUGAUUGUGCCUACUAAAUUGCUAGCAUUGCAGCAGGAAACUGUGGCCAAUAGCCGCGGAAUUCGUGCACUGGCUAUCAACGAAGACACUAUGAGAGAAGCAUACCACAACAAUCGCGAUCUUCUGGCCGAGCUUGUCAGCGGAGAGGACAUUCGUCUCGCCAUCAUGAGCCCUCAAAUGCUCCGGUCAAAACGCGUUCGUAGCCUGCUGUCGCAGCAAGCUGUCAAGAGUCUUGUCUGCUGGUUCUUCGUUGACGAAGCACCGUCGCCAUGA